UUCAACAAGAAGAAUCAUUAGUAGUACAAAAUUUCAAGAAUACAAUUUCAUCAAUUAUUGAUCUUUCAACAAUGCUUUCUAAUACUAUCAUUCUCUCUUUUUCAUUCUUCUUAAUCUUGUCAUUUUCUUCACUAAUUAUAGCUACUUUCAAUAAUCUUACACUUCCUCAUCAACACCCUUUUCCUGAAUCUAUUGUUCAACAAGUAAAUAGGAGGAUCAAUGAAUCCAUAUCAAGAAGGCAAAUAUUUGAUACAACAGUAAUAAAUUACCAAUGUCUAACGGGCAAUCCGAUCGAUGACUGCUGGAGGUGCGACCCGAAUUGGGUCAACAACCGCCAGCAGCUCGCGGAUUGCGCCAUUGGGUUUGGUCACGGUGCAGUCGGAGGGAAAGGUGGCCGGUACUACUUGGUUAGCGAUCCCUCCGACUUUGACACUGUGAAUCCUACCCCUGGAACCCUCCGGCACGCGGUGAUCCAGGAGGAGCCGGGCAAUCCGAUCGAGGACGGCGGGAGGUGCGACCCGAAUUGGGUCAACAACCGCCAGCAGCUCGCGGAUUGCGCCAUUGGGUUUGGUCACGGUGCAGUCGGAGGGAAAGGUGGCCGGUACUACUUGGUUAGCGAUCCCUCCGACUUUGACACUGUGAAUCCUACCCCUGGAACCCUCCGGCACGCGGUGAUCCAGGAGGAGCCCCUCUGGAUCACCUUUGCCGGAGACAUGAUCAUAAGGCUCAAACACGAGCUUAUGAUCAACAAUUACAAGACCAUAGACGGACGUGGCGCGAACGUCCACGUAACGGGUGGUGGAUGUAUAACAUUACAAUAUGUUACAAAUGUGAUUAUACAUAAUAUACAUGUAUACAAUUGUGUUCCAUCAGGUAAUAGUAACAUAAGACAAAGUACAACACAAGUUGGAUGGAGAGGAAUGUCUGAUGGUGAUGGAAUAUCAAUUUAUAGUUCAAGAAAUAUUUGGAUUGAUCAUUGUGCUUUCUCUCAUUGUACUGAUGGCUUAAUUGAUGCUAUCAUGGGAUCAACUGCUAUAACUAUAUCUAAUAGUUAUUUCACUCACCAUGACAAAGUUAUGCUUUUGGGACACGACGAUCGAUACGUACCCGAUGUUGGUAUGCAGGUGACAAUAGCAUUUAAUCAUUUUGGAGAAGGAUUAGUACAAAGAAUGCCAAGGUGUAGAAGAGGAUAUAUACAUGUAGUAAACAAUGAUUUUACAGAAUGGCAAAUGUAUGCAAUUGGUGGAAGUGCUAAUCCCACAAUUAAUAGCCAAGGCAAUCGUUUUACUGCACCAACAGAUCCAAAUGCCAAAGAGGUGACGAAGCGCGUGGACGUGGACGAGAGGGAUUGGACAGAGUGGAACUGGAGGACAGAAGGGGAUGAAAUGGUAAAUGGAGCCUAUUUUGUUCCUUCAGGUGAUGGAAUUAGCAACCAAUAUGCCUUGGCAUCAAGCAUGGAGCCUAAAUCUGCAUUUCUCAUUGAUCAACUCACCAUGAAUGCUGGUGCUAUUGGUGUCCCCAGGGAUACCACUGUGGCCAUGUCAUUUGGUGGGAGAACCAGAACAACCAUUACCGCCAACCGGAGCAGCAGUGUUAGACCUUCAAGGUCUAACGAUGGUGAUGGCGAUUUCUUAGAAAAGGUAUUUGGGAGCGUUGCAUCGGCAGGAUCAUCAACAUCAUCACCUUCAAGUUCAACCACCAACAUCUUGUUUUCUCUUCUAAUUUUGUAUAUAAUCACCAACAAUGUUGGGCUAUUAACAUUACCAUUAUCACUCAUACUACAGUAAUCUAAGAAUGAUUAUUAUAACAAAGAAUGUACUAAAAGAAAAUUUUCUA